GCAAACCCAUGGCGACAUUUCCGGCUCUUGUACCCGGGCGCGUCACGAGAUGAUGGCCGUCUCCACGCCUUGGAUUCCUGGCAAUGUCACGCUACCCGUCCUUGAGCUUUGCUGCCAACUCUUGUGCGCUUUUCUGCUCGGCCGCUUGAUCCUCAACAGCCCCCAACCCGACUCCCAUGACAAGGGAGCCAACGAGAGUGCCUUGAAACGAGAAUAGGCACGAUAGGUUUCGAGCUUGGCAACCAUGGCACAGCCGCCGUCGGCGUACGAUCGCGCCAUCCAGGUCUUGGAUCAACUACGUCGGCCGCUACCGCAAGGCCCUUUAACGACCCAGGACGGACUGCCUCAGGGAGACCCAGUGUUUAGGGGCGUGCCCAACGUCCACGGCAUGCAGCAGUGGCUGGAUCACCUGGGAUACUCGCAAACGGACAUCGCUCGACUGAACAUUAUUCACGUUGCAGGAACUAAGGGCAAAGGAAGCACAUGCGCCUUCAUCGAGGCAUUCCUGCGCCAGCAUGGCCGGCGCACGGGAUUCCCCCAGAAGACGGGGCUCUACACGUCUCCUCACUUGCUGCGCAUUCCCGAGCGCAUCCGCAUCAAUUCUGAUCCCCUCGAUGACGAGUCCUUUGGCAAGUACGUGCUCGAAGUCUUUGAAUGUUUAUCAGCCACGGGCGCACGACUGCCCGGCUACCUGCAGAUGCUGGCCCUCGUGUCUUUCCAUGCGUUCCUGUGCGAAGGCGUCGAUGUCGCCGUAUACGAAGCCCACCGUGGAGGCGAAUAUGACGCGACCAACGUGAUUGCCAAUCCCGUCAUCACUGCAAUCACAACCAUUGGCAUUGACCACAUCCGCGGCCUCGGGCCGACCGUUGAAAACAUUGCUUGGCACAAGGCGGGAAUUCUCAAGCCCGGGUCGCUGGCUUUCUCGGCAGCGCAAGAGCCGAGUGUCUCAAGAGUCCUGUCUGCUCGGGCUGCCUCUUGCGGGCUCAAUCUCGAGUUUGUAGAUAUGGACAGUAACCUCCUGACCGAUCUCGAGCUUGACGUGCAACGCAUCAAUUGCUCCCUGGCUCAUAAAGUCAGCGAGGCUUUCCUAGUACAACUGCAGCGUCCGGCAGCAACUUUCGAAAGGGAUGGCGACUUGCUGUCCGCUGAAGAUGUGACCGCCGGCAUACAGAACUUCUAUUGGCCGGGGCGAUUUGACAUCGUAGAAGCCGACGGAUAUACUUGCUUCCUAGACGGAGCGCACAAUGAAAUAAGUGUUGACAAGGCAGCCUCGUGGUUUAUAUCGCAAUCUCUAAUACGAAGGUACGUAGAAAAACUUCAUAUCCAUGAGGAGGGCGGGCUUCUUUCUUGGCUACUAGACGGCACCAAACAAUGCUAA